AUGGAUGACGUUACAGUGCUUGGAAAGAAAGGCUAUAGCCUCAGCAACACGUUAGGACAAGGCUCUUACAGCAAAGUGAAAUGUGCCUUCUGCAACCGGCUGAAGUGCAAAGUGGCUGUCAAGAUCAUCGACAAGAUGAAAACUCCUGGAGACUUUUGGGAAAGGUUUCUCCCCAGGGAGAUAGAGGCUUUGAGAUGUUUGCAACAUCCAUCAAUCAUCAAAACCUAUGAGAUUUUUGAGACAUCAGCUGGGAAAGUGUAUAUCGUGAUGGAGCUGGGGGAAAAGGGAGACCUCCUGGACCACAUCAAGAUCACAGGAGCUAUGAGAGAGGACUUUGCUCGCAUGAAGUUUCAGCAGUUGGCUUCUGCCAUCAAGCAUUGCCAUGACUCAAACUUUGCUCACAGGGACCUGAAAUGUGAGAACAUCCUUCUUGAUGAUGGCCUCAACAUCAAGCUGACAGACUUUGGCUUUUCCAAACUCUUGUCUUGGGAUAAAAAUGGGAAAAUGAUUCUCAGCAAUACCUUCUGUGGGUCUGCUGCGUAUGCAGCCCCUGAAGUGCUACAGGGCAUUCCUUGUGACCCCAGGAUUUCUGACAUGUGGAGUCUGGGCGUCAUCCUGUAUAUAAUGGUCUACGCUUCCAUGCCAUUUGAUGAUUCCAACAUCAAGAAAAUGAUUUUUUUUCAGAAACAACACAGGAUUUCCUUCCCCAGCACAAAACACCUGACUGUAGAGUGCAAGGAUCUCAUUAACCACCUGCUCCAGCCCAAUGUGUCUCAGAGAUUGUGCAUAGAUGAAGUUUUGAAACACUCAUGGCUGCAGACUCCAGAUGCCACUGUCGAGUCCCCUCUGCCAGCUCCAGAAGAGGGUGAGUGUUCCCACAACCCACAUGAAGGAAAGCCAAAGCAAAAGCAUCAAGCCAAAUGCCAUUAA